GAGCUGCAUAAACCCCAACUCCUCCGAGGUAUAAAAUCGCCCACUCUUCCCUGAUCCCGCCGCCGCCGCCUCUCCCCCCUGAUCCCGCCGCCGCCGCCGCUGCCGCUGCCGCGCUCCCACCAGGCACCACCGCAAACAUGGCUGCUGUCCUCACCCGCCCGACGCCGGGCACGGUCCAGUGCUUCGGGCGCAAGAAGACGGCGGUGGCCGUCGCGUACACCAAGCCAGGGCGCGGGCUCAUCAAGGUGAACGGCGCCCCCAUCGAGCUGAUCCGCCCGGAGAUGCUCCGCCUCAAGGCCUUCGAGCCCAUCAUGCUCGCCGGCCGCUCCCGCUUCAAGGACAUCGAUAUGAGGAUCCGCGUCCGCGGCGGCGGGAAGACCUCCCAGAUCUACGCCAUCCGUCAGGCUGUCGCCAAGGCGCUCGUCGCCUACUACCAGAAGUAUGUCGACGAGGCCGCCAAGAAGGAGGUCAAGGACAUCUUCGCCCGCUACGACCGUACCCUCCUCGUCGCCGAUCCCCGUCGCUGCGAGCCCAAGAAGUUCGGUGGUCGCGGCGCCCGAGCGAGGUUCCAGAAGUCUUACCGUUGAUUGGCCUGCAGGAUCGUCGACUAUUGGGUGGUUUUCUCUGAUUUACCUCCCCACUUUUAGACUCCGUAUGAUUAGUUUCGAACCUUGGCAAGAUAUUGUGGUAUGAUGUGAUGUGCGAUGUUUAAGGCUACUCGGUAGUUGCUCGAUUAUGUUUUUUUUUUACUUGUUACCUAUGUUGAGGAAUUUUGAUAUGGUUGCGUGCUUGCACUAUAUUUUAUGCUAUGUUUCAGUUUUCAUGCUAAA